AUGAUGCCACAGGGAGCCCGUGGUGGUGGUCAUAGUGGUAGUCACAUUGGUGGUCGUGAUGCUGGAGAUAGAAAUGCAUCUCAAUCACACAAUAAUGCAGAAAGUCAACCUUCUUCUUCUUCAGUUAGAGGAUCAAACAUCUUGGAACAAGUUCCAAGUAACCCAUCAAAAAGGAAGUUCAUUGACAUCGAUUCUGAAAAGGAAUUUACGGAUCAGAUUUCAGCGAUCAGAGUCAUCGCAUGUAUACUGAAGACGAUGUUUGACGACCCAUGGAUCUCAUGGAAGAAGGUUGACAAAGAACAUCGUGAUGCAAUGUGGGAACACUUCAAGGGUUUGUAUGUCUGGCCCGAAGCGACUGAUGUUCUUGCUCGCAAGGUAUGGGAAGACUGUAUGAAGAAACGAUUUCCUGACAUAAUGCGAAGAGCACGUGAAGAAUCUUUAAAACUUGCCAAAGCUGUAAAUGUGAAUGCCUCACUAGAAGGGGGUUCUAUAUCUAUUCAUCAACAUAAGAAAAGAAUGCAAGCAACACUUAAACGCCCUCCUACAGGAGUUGAACUUUAUGCAAGGUUGCACACUAAACGGUCUACUCAAGAGUACAUUAAACCAAAGGCAUCUAAAGUUAAGGAGGCUUAUGAAAGUGCUAUGGUGGCUAAGUUUGGUGAUGAUACUAGUUGCCACCCCCUCUUGGAUAAUGAAACAUGGUGUGAUGUUUCCGGAGGAGUCAAGAAAGGAAGAAUAUAUGGAUUCGGAUCUGUGUCUGAUCCAGUGAGCUUUUUGGAAGGAACAUCUAGUACAAUAACAUCCCAAGAGGUUGUCUAUGAACGUGUACGAAACGAGAUGCGUGGGGAAAUGGAUGCUAAAGCUGCAGAAAUGGAAGCUAAACAUCAACAAAUGCGUGAGGAAAUGGAUGCGAAAGCUGCAGCAAUAGAUGUCAAACAACAACAAAUUGAUACAAAAUAUGAAGCAAUGGAGAAGAUGUAUGCAGCCUUGCAAAAUAUGAUGAGAAAUUGAAAAUUAUAGGUAAUAUGAUGUUAACCAUUAGUAUUUGAUGUUUUUGAAUGACUUGAAUGUGAACCGAAGAUGAUUGGAUGGACAUGAAAUGAAGAGAGCAUCUAAAAUGUUAUUUUGAAAUUAUGUUUUGUGAAAACUCAUUUCCCGAUGCAUACUUUGGAUUUCUUGGUGCUAAAAUGUUAUUUUGAAGUUAAACCUUUGGGAGUUUGAUGUUAUAUGGAUAAUUUUUGUUUUGGAUGUUUUUUGAAUGAUACUUUGGUAAACUUUGAUAGUUUUGGUAUUGUAAUGUUUGGUUGCAUUGUUAUUUGAUGUUUUUUAGUAUAAAAAUUUGAUGAUUGCAG